CAUGACGGCGGCUGCGACCAAGACGGAUCAGAAUGCUGAGAACACUGUCCGUCCAUCGAUCGACAAGAAGUUCGUAACAGACCUGCCUCAGCGCAGCACUGUAGACUCAGACGCGCCACCGCGGUUCAACCGCGCAGCGACCAAUAUCUCACUGCUGAAUCACGCGAUAUGGACCCCAGCACCCGGGGCAGACAGCGAUUCAUCCUCGGAUUCCGAGUCUGAGCCAGAGACCGACCAUACAGGAAAAGCCCACAAGAAGGGUAAAGAAGCAGGACGUGUUAGCUCGUCUCAAAACAAGAGGCAGUCCACGGAUGAUCGCUAUGGUCGAUUUCAGGUAGGAAACGACCGAUACAAGACGAAGGGCAAGGUUUCGAAGAAGGACGGUAGACUCAACAUCACAGUAAAUGACACAAGCAACACGGGAUACCUGGCAAAGGCUCUGGGGAGUGCUGUCAAGACUGUCGUCACUGGCAGCAAGGAGCCGAAGGACGACAGUGAGCGACCAAAGGGCCGACGACUCUCGUCUGCAACGACUGCAACUUCUGUCGCGGCGAGCCGUCCGAAACUCAACAUUGUGAUAAUGGUCAUUGGAUCUCGGGGUGACGCGCAGCCUUUCCUCAGGAUCGGAAAGGAUCUCAAAGAACAUGGGCAUCGAGUACGAAUCGCCACGCAUCCAGCAUUUCGCGACUUUGUUGAGAAGGACUCUGGCCUAGAGUUCUUCUCUGUUGGGGGCGAUCCGUCAGAACUCAUGGCAUUCAUGGUGAAGAACCCUGGCAUGAUUCCGAAGCUGGAAAGCGUCAAAGCCGGCGACAUCGGAAAACGGCGGGCCGCAAUGGCGGAGAUGUUUGAUGGUUUCUGGCGGGCUUGCAUCAAUGCCACAGAUGACGAGAAGAACAACGCGAACCGCAAGAUGAUGGGCACCAAGGAGCCUUUUGUCGCGGAUGCAAUCAUUGCCAAUCCACCGAGCUUUGCCCACAUACACUGCGCGGAAGCGCUGGGCAUCCCGCUACAUUUGAUGUUCACGUUCCCGUACACCCCGACGCAGGCUUUCCCUCAUCCUUUGGCCGCGAUCAAAAAGUCCAACGUAGAUCCUGGCUAUACCAACUUCAUUUCGUAUCCACUGGUUGAGAUGAUGGUCUGGCAGGGCUUGGGCGAUCUCGUCAACGAUUUCCGCGUGAAAACGCUCAAGUUGGAUCCCGUAUCGACACUCUGGGCGCCGGGCGCAACAUAUCGCCUUCACGUCCCGUUCACAUAUCUAUGGAGCCCAGGGCUUGUUCCCAAACCCGCAGAUUGGGGUCCCGAGGUCGAUGUGUCAGGUUUCGUCUUCCUCGAUCUGGCAUCUACAUUUGAACCACCUGACGAUUUGGUAGAGUUUCUCGACGCCGGGGAAGAACCAAUCUAUAUUGGAUUUGGCUCAAUCGUCGUCGAUGAUGCGGAUCGUUUCACGGAGAUGAUAUUCGAGGCUGUGAAGCUCGCGGGCGUCCGCGCUCUCGUAUCUAAAGGGUGGGGCGGGCUGGGACAGGACAACGUGCCAGAGAACGUAUUUAUGCUCGACAACUGUCCCCACGACUGGUUGUUCCCACGAGUACGGGCCUGCGUGAUCCACGGCGGUGCUGGCACAACCGCCAUAGCGUUGAAGUGUGGCAAACCUACGAUGGUGGUGCCGUUCUUUGGUGACCAGCACUUCUGGGGCUCCAUGAUUGGCGAAGCUCGGGCUGGACCAGAUCCCGUCCCAUACAAGAAGCUCAAUGCAGAGGCGUUAGCUGAAGGAAUCAAGUACUGUCUCACAGAUGAGGCACGCGAAGCGGUUGGCAAGAUUGCCAAGUCUAUCGAAGAAGAGGGUGAUGGCGCGAAGAAUGCUGUCCACUCCUUCCACCGACACCUCGAACUGUCUGGAGAAGGGUCUAUGCGCUGUUCUCUCCUACCGGAACAAGUGGCAGUUUGGUCGGUCGGGCACACGAGCCUGCGACUAAGCGCUAUCGCAGCUGAGAUCGCGGUAAGGGAAGGCUUCAUCUCUUGGAAGCGCUUGCGGCUCUUACGCCACAAAGAGUGGAACGACUUUGAAGGCCCGGGCGAGCCUGUAACAGGUGUGGCUGGCACGGUUGUCGGUGCCGUCGGUGACGUGUUUGGUGGAAUCGGUAGCGUGCCAUUUCGACUCGCAAAGCUGGGCCAGAAACGAGCUGAGCGGAGGAAAAAGAAGGAGGAGAAACGCAGACGACGCCACGAGCGGAUCGAGAAGGCAAGGUCGAAACAGGCACAGCCGAAUGGGAGCGAAACGAAGGGGUUCCCCUUUCCGCCCAAUGAUGGAGAGAAGGCCAAGGGAUCAACGGGCGACGAGCAGAAUGGCGUCGCAUCGAACGAACCAAAGCCACAAGAUGAAGCGCAGAACACUCCCGGUCCGCUUACAGCGGCCACGACGCCAGGCACGGCAGGCAUCGACAACCCUGCCGAGGAGUACUUUCAAGAAGUAGCUGGCGGCUUCGAGGACACCGGCAAAGCACUGGCGCGAGCACCUGCGGAUUUGGCUCUGGCACUGGCACAAGGUUUCCACAACGCGCCCCGACUUUACGGCGAUGACACGGUCAGGCCGCCAGUACGCGUAACUGGCUUCAAGUCUGGGAUGAGGGCAGCGCGCAAUGAAUUUGUCUAUGGCAUAUAUGAUGGAGUCACCGGCGUCGUCCGACUACCUGUCCGCGGUGCCAAGAAGGAUGGCUUCAAGGGGGCGGUCGCCGGAGUAGGCAUGGGUCUGACAGGCUUCGUCCUCAAGAACCUGUCUGCCAUCAUAGGCCCAUUUGGCUACACAGCCAAAGGCAUCGUCAAGCAGGCUGGCCGACGCAACCUACCGACUCGGUUCGUUCGUCGCUCAAGAAUCGUUCAAGGGCAGAAAGAAUGGAGCAGCCUUGGUGAAGAUGUAGGCAAGGACCUGACGGAGCGCGUAACCCGUGGCUGGAAAGUGAUGCGACAGCUAGCUACCUUGCUCAUGGAGGCGAACAACAGAUCCAGUUUGAAAUCACGCUUCGGAGGCCGCGAGAAGACCCCCGAGGGGGAUCACGAAGACAAAGAGCUGGGUACCCUGGGGCGUGGGCCGGCUUUCGCGAGCGUGGACACAGCCGAGCAGGCGAUUGAAGCCAUCAAAGGAGGGGAGAACAUCCAGGAAGUUAUGGGGCAACGGUCCUGGCUGCCUGAGCUGCCGAGAGCGAGCACCAGUCGACGCAGUGAGCAGGCUCAUCUCGAGGAUGACGAGGACGGCAGCGAUGGCGAAGACAGCCGGGACCCUGACCAUGCUAAUGACAAUCCUGGUUCGGCGCAAGCGACAGAUCAUUCUCAGGCACCUACACUCCAUGCGGAGGCGCCAUCGCCCUCCUACAACACGAGAAAACUCAACACUGAGCCAGGCAAGACGCCGGAAAGCGAGCGCAAGACGAAGGCCGGCGAAGAUGACUCAAAGAAGGAGCAGCACGUAACCUUCAAGCAGGCAGGAGACCCUGCGGAGAACAAGACUGCCACAUUGCAGGAUGGCGUGCAGCAGAACCAAACAAAUGGCGUGGCUGCGCAAUGAGGGAGGAUGGUCUUUAUUGUGCGCUGGCGCCCAGCAACAGGAGGACACUAAUUUAACUGGGGGAAGUUGAUCACGCAUGGAUACCCCGGAUGUUUGCAGAAUUUAAAAUCUCACGAAAUACCCAUAAGAUCUGAGCGAUGUUUCUUGUAUCUUAGCGCUUGACAUUUGAGAAAUGUAAUUAAUUUAUCCUAUG